AUGUCUCGGAGGACUGAACGUUUUGGAUUUGGUCAACUUUCCAAUCCAAUUGACAAGACAACAAGCUUACAGGAAAACGUUACUGUUAUUGACAUGCCGCCAUUUGUGUCUCCCUCCGAGAUUCAACCCCGAGCUUCGGUUCAACGAUUUGAUCACUAG